GGACGCCAGAUUACCCGUUUUAUUAAACAGUCCGAUCCUGAAGAUGAUUUUUCAAACUUUAAAGUGAAGUUACUAAGAUUCCUAUCAGUUCAGGUCCGGGGGAACUUAUUUGCUGCAGAUCUCCGCUCCGUCUGCAAUCUUCAGAAAAUACACAACGCUGUACUAUCCAACUCUGCAGGGGGACGCCAGAACGAUGAUCCGAAGGGGAGAACACAAACGGGGCCGCUUCCUCUCCUUCCUGCUGGUGUCCACUCUGCCCCUGCUCAGGGCAGAGUACUCCAGCUGCGGGGAGAAUGAGUUCUACAACCAGACCAGUGGCAGCUGCCAAGCAUGUCCCCAGUGUCAGCCAGGCCAGGAGCCUUACAUGAACUGUGGCUAUGGCACAAAAGACGAGGAUUAUGACUGCGUGCCGUGUCCAGCAGGGAAGUUCUCCAAGGGCAAAUAUGAAAUCUGCAGACGGCACAAGGACUGUGACUCCCUGUAUCGGGCCACCGUACUGACCCCGGGCACCCCAGAGAGUGACGCGGAGUGUGGCCCCUGUCUGCCAGGAUACUAUAUCCUGGAGAACCGACCACAGAACAUCUAUGGGAUGGUGUGUCACUCCUGCCAGAAUGCUCCGAGGAACACCAAAGAGUGCAUGCGUACCACAGCUUUGUCAUCAGGCCGUGCCACCAGUGUCUCCUCCACCAGCACAACCAUCUUUCCACAGCCGCACAAAGAUCCAUCUGGGCAAGGCCACUUAGCAACAGCUCUCAUCAUUGCCAUGUCCACCAUCUUCAUCAUGGCAAUCGCCAUAGUACUGAUCAUCAUGUUCUAUAUACUAAAGGCCAAACCCAGCGGCCAGGCAUGCUGCUCUGGCCAGGUGGUGAAGGCAGUAGAAGCACAGACCAACAAGCAGGAAGAUAAGAAAGAUGCCCAAGAAAAUGUAGUCAUCUUCACAGAAAAAGAUGAAUUUGACAAACUGAAGCCCACUCCACCAAAGGCGGUGAAAAGUGAGAAUGAUGCGUCCUCAGAGAAUGAGCAGCUGCUGAGCCGUAGCAUUGACAGUGACGAGGAGGCAGCGCUGGAGAAGCAGGGGACCACAGACCUGUGUCUGCUGUCCCUGGUUCACCUCACCAGAGAAAAGACUUGUUCCUCCACCAAUAACAACAGUAGCAAGUCAACUGGGAUUCAGAGUCGAAGGAAAAAAAUCUUGGACCUUUACACAAAAGCGUGCAGCGUGGCAGAGGGUCUCAGCCCUACGGAGCUGCCCUUCGACUGCCUGGAGAAAACCAGCCGCAUGCUGAGCUCCACCUACAACACCGACAAGGCGGUGGUGAAGACGUGGCGCCACCUGGCGGAGAGCUUCGGCCUGAAGCGGGACGAGAUCGGCGGCAUGACGGACGGCAUGCAGCUGUUCGACCGCAUCAGCACGGCAGGGUACAGCAUCCCGGACCUGCUCACCAAGCUGGUGCAGAUCGAGCGCCUGGAUGCGGUCGAGUCUCUAUGCACGGACAUCCUGGGCGGAGUGGAGGGAGCCACGCCCACCAGCCACGCCCUCUCCUCUCGCUGCGCCAGCAUUUGAGUCCAGCCCCCCCCCCCACUGCUCCGUUCCACAUGAAGAAUUCUCUCUCGUCUCCCCAGGCUGUGGCGCUGUGACACACAGCCAGGGUCCUCCCCUCUCUGUCAUUCUAAUAUCACACAGGCGUGCCACCAAAUUACUGGGAACAGCUAGGGCUUAUGGAAAUUAAGCCUAGUGUGGACUUUUGUUCCUUUGCGGAUUAGUUCUUGUUUUUCUGCAAAACUAAUCUGUUUUGUUACAAUAAGGCUGAAAAAAUGGAUGGCAGUAAACUGAGGCACAGGACACUCCUGUUAAGACUUUUUUUUCCUUUUUAUUAAGUUGUUGUUUCUUGGAGAAACGUUCCCAUCCAUUGUGGUGAUUUGAUUGCAGGGACCAAAUUUCAAGUGUGAGAUCAGGAGUUGAGAGGAAGAAGUGAAAUGCAGGUUAAAGCCUUUCAACAGACUUCUGGUAAAAAUUUUAAUAGCAAGUGCCCUUUUU